AUGACAUCUCGAAUUCAAGAAGACACCGGUGGAUCUGAGGCGAAAUGGGCCGAUAUUGACGAUGAUGAGGACGACUGGGCUCCGGAGACAAUUGAGUGGACGGACGGUACCAAAGUCACUCUCGGUCAACACAACGAACCACAACCACCUCCUGAAGUAUCCGAGCCAGAAGCACGAGAAGCGCCAAUCACAGAGCCGACCGCAGUGCGAGACAUUUCGAAGAUGGCUGCCCCGAAGCCAACUACGUCCGUCGGGCCAAACCCUACUGUACUGAGGCUAGGAGCCAAUGCGGAGCGGCAGGCGAAGGCCGCAAGCAUUUCGUCUAAAGGAACAAAUGACAGGGCGCCAUCAGACUCUACGAGCCCGGCACCUCCGAGCAAAUCUCCAUGGGCUCCGUUACCUCCAGUCGAAAGAGUUUCGCCUGUGAAUCAUCCUGGCAAUAUUCCACCCACGCGUCCUCCUGUUCACCAUCCUCAACCUCAUCGUGACGACGCUCGGUAUGCCCCCUUGCCACCGCAAGAGAUUGCAACGGACGAUUUCAAUCGCACUUGGCGAGAAACGGCUCCAAAUGCGCCUCGCGAGCUGUACAACUCUCGAUCUGGUCGGUACGAACCUGUAGCUGAUAAUAGAAGGCCUUCGUAUCGACAAGAUCAAGGCCCUCGGGCUCCCAAUGUGUUGCAACGAACUGGCCAUGAGGCUCACGGGCCGGCCGAACCUUCUGCGGCAUUCCAGACACAACGAACGAGCCAUGAUGGCGGCAUGGGUUGGAACCGUCACCGUGCGGGGUCCAAUGUCAGUGGAGGAAGCGGAGGGUUUGAUCGCCGAAUGUCUUUCGGUCGAGCAGAUGGUCCUCCGAGGUAUGAAGGCCGACGGGGCUCACAGGUCAAUGGCUUGAUAGAUCCGGCGUUAAUGGGCGGACAUGCUCAUCCUAACGCCCAUGCCCACGCCCAUGAGUCUCCUUCGCUACAGCAUGCUACGCCUAGUUGGGGGCCGCGGCCGCCGACGCAAAUGGAUCAGGCUCCGCCGGCUCAGCAGCAACCAGCACCGGCAGCUGCGCCGGAUGUGCCUCAAGAAGAUCCUCUUGUCGUGCAGGAACGAAUUAUGAAGGAGAAGCGACUUGAGGCUAGACAACGUCGUCUGCAACAAGAAGAGAAGGAGAAGGCAGAGAAGGACGAGCGAAUUCGUCAAAAACUUGCAGCUUUGGGUCCGGCGCCCGAUAAACAACGCAAGAACAGUACUGAAAAAGCCCAGACGCCCACUGCACCACCUCCAGCUACGAUCAGCUCUCCUCCCAAGCCACCCGUUCCUGAGCCCACUGGAGCGCCCAAGCAGUAUGGGAUGAUGAAAGUUCAUCAUCCUGAUAGCGUCAAGAGGCUUGUUGCCGCAAACGAGAGGGAUCGCGUAGCUGAGAAACCGCACACUGAGAAGACGUCUCCUCGCACGCGUCGCGCUCCUUCGCCAAAUCGCGAUGCGAAACAUGAACAAGUUCCUCCAGAUAGUUUGAGCCAGCAAACGGACGCCAGUCCACAACAAGGCUCGAAGACUGAUGAGCACGGCGCCCAGUGGCGUGGAAAUAUGAACACGGGCUCAACCUACACUCCUUGGUCCACCAAUCCCAACUUGGCAUCAACAUCGCCAUCGGUCAAGAAUCCGUGGAAACCUCUGAUUAGUGACAGAACAUUGGGCAACGGGAUCUUUGAUCAGAGCCUCGGUGGUUUUACUUCUCGUGAAGUUCCUCUGCGGGGCCAGCUGGGUCUCGACCAGAGCAUCAUGCCUCCUCAGGCACUUUCAGCUCCACCAGAGGCUGCCUCAGUCUCCCCGCUUCCUUCCCCGGAAACCCGGAACGCCUCUUUUGAUCCCCUUAGCCCUAUCGGUCGUCCCGGUCCAAUUGGGCCUCCGAGUUCACAAAACUCCCCAUGGCAACCUGAAUCUCGUGCCCGGGUGGAUUGGGCGCUUGGAAUAGCUUCCGCAAAAUCACAGCUCAGCGUGAGCACGAAGAGGCUGAGAAUUACCGCCAGGAAUUUAAUGUCAACCGUGAGGCUCGCGCAGCCGGUCCUUCUGUCACUCUCAAUGAGACAUGGUCUCAAGUGCGGCCCGACAGCGACGCUGGUCAACGCCGUGUCGUCAAGGUCUCGAAGGCGGUUGUUAACAAGAACGCCUCGCCUUCCAACCCCUUGA